UGGUUAUCGAAAAGGCUUUUGAUGAAUUGCUCUUAGAAAUAUGUCAUAGAGGACAUUAUAGAAUCUGAUCCAUAGACUGAAUAAUGCCAUUGCUCUGAUUAUCAAUCUAUCUAAUAGUCUAUCAAUCAUAUUAUUAUGACUCCCUUAAUCGUCGUAUCCAAGCUUUAGCUGAAGAUACCUCCCUGUAUUGGCCAUUUAUGAGCAGUAAGUACACAGGCAUUGAGUGAAAACUUGUGAGCAAGUGAAAGCUCACAAAGCGAAUGCCCCCAGUUGCUGUUCUUUAACAUAAAUCUCCAAUAUUAUGGCCAAAAAAAAACCAAGCCAAAGGGUCCAGCUCAGGCAUCUGUGUUUGCUAAUUAUGUGCCUUAAGUCCGCUUAACCUCAACAGAAUUUAAGCACUUACGUAGAACUAAAUCCGAGGUGUUUCAAAUGCAGAGGUGCUGAAGGAACCCUGACCGUUCUGGCUGGAUCUUGGCUGAUGCAAGAGCCCAACACCAAACCCAUGGCCUUCUUUUGGUUUCUCUCUUCUAUAGGUCUUUUUUUCCCCCAGAUUAUAGGUAUCAAAUGUUUCUUUUGGAUUUGAAAUACCCGAGUGGAUUAAAGCAGUAAGAACAAAUUUCAGUUCUUAUGGCUAUCGGUGCUGCGGUGGAGCCCAAACGCUCCAGUCAAGUGGCAGAUAUGACCGAGACAGCAGUGUAUAAAACCAUUGCGCUUAUGAUAACAGCAGGGAGAGUCUGUGGCUGUGUAGGGGAUUUGUAGAAGAAGAAAUUGCACCUAAAGCGAGAGCCUCACGCAGAGGGCAGGCGUGGUGCCUUUGGAUCAUGUCUACAACGUCAGACCAUUGCUUUCAGCUGCUUAGUUUGGUUGAUGUGGAGCAGCAUGAAGCUCAUUCUGGUUGAUUGCCGCCAGGGCUUGCUGCCUGCCUCUGUCCCCCCAGAGACCUCCAGGGCUUCACCAGCCGUCGCACCAGGACGCCUCGCAGGGAGGAUGUGCACCUGCCAGUGGUGGAUACCGGUUGCCACCUCAGCCAUCGCCUUGGUCCUAUACGCUCUCCUCUUACUAACUCUUUACAUCAUGCUCAGCAGGAAAAUAGCCAGCCAUUCCUGCGGGAAGCAGGCGAGCAGCAGCCCUGCAGCACAGCCCCAACAGCCUCCGACCUCCUCGGCGGGAGGGGAAGGAGGGCACAGACCGACCUACGCGGGGAAGGGGAGAUCCUGCAGCGACCGAGGGAGCAGCGACACGUCUUCAGAGACCUCGGAGGACUCGGACAGCAGCCCUGCCUGCCCGCAGGGUCCUUGCUCAGAAGAAAACCUCAAUUAUACAUCCUUGGUCUUCCCGGCACAAGGCCCUGGGCCAGGCUCCUCCAGGGAUUACAAGAACAUGAAGACUGGGCCAGACUAUGUCAACGUGGACCCCAAGAAGAGGAAAGUGGAUUACUGGCCCUGCUCCAGCCCUGUGGCAUCCAAGUCCAUUGAGUACACUGAGGUGAAGCUGUGACUCCUGGGAUGCUGCUGGCAGGAUGGGGAGGUGCCCAAAGCGCUGGUAGACGCGUGACUGGGGCUUCUCCUCCCUCUCGGUCGGUGCCUGGCACAGGCUGAUGCCUGCCGGCUUUUAUUCUUAUAACACUCCAACCCACCCAUACAAUUUGCUUGGUAUUUUACUUAAAUGCAUCACUGUUGCUGAGCGUGGGGUGAUGCAGGGAAGCGUUUCUCCUACGCAGGCUGAAACGUGCUCUCCAGUUUUGUGUGAUGGCCAUUUUUCUCAUUUCAUGAAGGCAAAUGGAACAUCACACCCCCCCUCCCUUCCUCUCAAAACGGGAAGUGCUUUGGGGCGGGAAAUGCUGUGGUCUUCAAAAUAUUCACCCAAAGUGGCUGGCAUCUCCUCUGAAUGAUGCUUUCUCUGCUGAUCGCUCUCAUAAAAUACUUUUAAACACAGUUCCUCUGCCGGCUUUGCCCUCGCUGCCCACAAGCCCUGAUUCAUCGCUCUGCCCUGCAUCCCUUUUCCUUUGAUGCUCAGAAUCUUCCCAAGUCCCUGUUGCCCUCAAAGCUGUGGCUGGAGCUGGGGUGGCUGUGCAGGCGGUUUGACACGCAGCCGUGCAUCGAGGGAGGUGCUGGGGCUGGGGAAGGAAGGUGGCCCUGCUGGGGAGCUCCCUUUCACAGCUGAAAGCCAUAGCCCAGCUGGCAAACGGCCGAGGGGCUCCCAGGGGAUUUAUAACCCCCCUCCUCAGGUGGAGGAUCUGAGCUGGCUGCUGCCCCUCGGGGCUGCAAGGGGCAGGCGACUGGACCGCAGAGCUCUGUGGGAGCAUAGGCAAGUGAAAUCCCUCUGUGUCCUGUGGGGAGGGAUGAUAUUCCCCCCUCUCCCACCUUUUGCUUGUCCUGCUUUGUCCCUGCACCAAAUGCUCUGGGUGCAGGAGUUGGUCUUCCCCCACCCGAGCGAUGCCUGCACCCAGCAGAGCUCAGGGCGGGGGUCAGUGCCCCAGACUGGGCACUCAUCACUGCCUCCUCUGUGCUCUGACACCACAUUUCACAUUUUCCUUAAGGAUUGCUUCAGUUCCCAGGGGACUGGGAGAACAGCACUGCAAUUUUCUCUAACAGACCUGAGUUGGGGGCUCUCCGGCUUGCUGAGAUAAGCCUGGGAUUGUGCGCUGAAGAUACUGGGAAGGCUGUUAUCUUCUCAGAGGUGCUGCUUGUCAGUGAUUGUAUUUGUCAGGUCACCUUCAUGCUCCUGAGGUCCAGGAGAGCCGGUGUCCUGCCCACAGGGCUCACUGUCCUCGCUCUGCUGCUGCGAACAGGGACCGGUUCCUUCCCAUCACUCUGCAUUUUGUUAUCUAUGAUUUUCCAAGAAAUAAACUUCCAAAUUGCUGGAAAAGGGGGACCAUGCGGUAGGUGGGCGCUCUGUUGGGCUGAUGUACCCUCUGGUACAGCCCCCUCCGCUAGGGAUGGAGCCACCCCAAGUGUAUUUCAAACCGGCUCAGCAGUGAUGGGCUUUGAUGAAAGGUUGUGAGACAAUUGAUUUGGUAUCGAUCCCGGGGAGGGCUCUGAGGUUGGGCAUUCCUUGUUUCAUGACCUUAAUUUGCAGAUCUGGCCUGAUUUGAAGGGCGCAUGAAGGAAAAUGCUCUAACCCCCAAAGAGUCUCUAGGAAACAUUGCU